CAAAGGAUCCCUCCGCUAGGUCAUUUAAUCCCUCAGCGCCGCUCUCCUCGCUCGUCCUGCUGCCGCUUCUUUCCGAGGACGCCGCUACGCCGGUGCAGUAGCUAUGGCAGCGGGGUCGCAAUAAGUGCAUGCCGCUUCAGCUCGGUCGUGCUCCAGACAGUGUUUAUCAUGUUGGGCUCCGGGUUCAAGGCUGAGCGCUUGCGAGUCAACCUGCGCCUUGUCAUCAAUCGCCUCAAACUGCUGGAGAAAAAGAAGACUGAGUUGGCCCAGAAGGCAAGGAAGGAGAUUGCAGAUUAUCUGGCAGCCGGAAAAGAUGAGCGUGCCAGGAUUCGUGUGGAGCACAUCAUCCGUGAAGAUUACCUUGUGGAGGCCAUGGAGAUCCUGGAGCUGUACUGCGAUCUGCUGCUAGCCCGCUUUGGCUUGAUUCAGUCCAUGAAGGAGCUGGACUCUGGCCUGGCAGAAGCAGUGUCUACAUUGAUUUGGGCUGCACCGCAACUGCAGUCAGAAGUGGCUGAGUUGAAGAUAGUUGCUGACCAGCUGUGUGCCAAAUACAGCAAGGAGUAUGGGAAGCUGUGCCGGACAAACCAGAUUGGGACAGUCAAUGACAGGCUGAUGCACAAGCUGAGUGUGGAGGCACCGCCCAAGAUUCUGGUGGAGAGAUACCUGAUCGAGAUUGCCAAGAACUACAAUGUGCCCUAUGAGCCUGACUCAGUGGUGAUGGCUGAAGCCCCUGCAGGCGGAGAGGCAAAUCUGAUUGAUGUGGGAUUCACGGAUGAUGUGAAGAAGGGUGGCCAUGGAGGGGGAGGAGGUGGUGGAUUUACAGCCCCGCUGGUUGGUCCUGAUGGAAUAGUACCCAUGCCAGUGAUGAUGCCUAUGCCCAUGCCAACACCAAAUCCGCCCUUCUCCUAUCCACCUCCAAAGGGUCUGGAGGACUUCAAUGGCCUACCAGUGGGGACCUACCAGCCUUUCACUAAUAUCCAUCCACCACCAAUUCCAGCAGCACCACCGACAUAUGAGUCUAUUGAUGAGCAUAAUGCUGACAAGGAUGCUUCUGCGACAGUGGAUGGGCCUGGGCCCAAGCCAGAAGCCUCUCCUAAAACAAAAGCUGGAGCGUCUAACACCUUCGAUAACUUUGUGCUGCCUGAAUUACCAUCCGUGCCAGAUACGCUGCCAACAGCUUCUACCGGCGCCAAUUCUUCUGCCUCUGAAGACAUUGACUUUGAUGAUCUUUCUCGGAGAUUUGAGGAGCUGAAGAAGAAAACAUAAACCCAGCUGGGCUGUAACUCCAAUUUGAAGGGCAGGGUCUGUGACAGCUGCUUAUCUGUGAAACAGACUCCCCUUGAAUUCGGUUUUGGUAUUAACCUCGAAUGAGAACGCUCUUCUUUCUGAGCUCUCUUCCUGCUGUACUUAAACCAGAUGCUGCCGCUUUCCCGAUCUUUGUUGCUCCAGGAGGUGUACUGUGGGGAAUCUCAUGAGGUAGAGCAGGGAGCAGCCCCUGUUAGUCUGGGUAGCUAUACAGGAAAGCUGCAGAUGACAUUGAGUGUCAUUCCUGGCUGCCUUUGCAGUGGCUCUGCACUCCCUCCCACAGAAAAGGGAGGUGAGGGCUGAAUCGCAGCAGGACUUUCUCCUCUUCCUGGUGGUUUCAAGGGCAGCGCUGUCCACAAGCAGCCCCUUUCUGCUUGAUGUCCUGUAUGGUAAGGGUGAUUUAAGUCCCUUUGGUAAGACUUCUAGCUGAUCAGGGUGGAGGCAGGGAAUACAGUUGUGAGGAGCUGUGGCAUUGCCCUUGAGGCUGUGUAGCACACUGGCACUUCUGCCGCCUCCCUGCAUCUCCAGGGCUCCAGCUGCAUCUGGUUGCAGUUUGCCUGAUAUCCUCUCUUGCUCCCUCUGGAUUCUGGGGGAGCCCUCCGAGGCCUUUCCUGCGCUCUUUAGGGGGUUGGGGGAGGGGGAUGUAUUCCCUGUGCAUAGGAGGGCAGUGCUAGUGCGCUUUCCCAUUCAGCAUGUUCCGCCUGAACGUGCUGGGAGUGUGAAGUGGCUGGGCCGAGGGCUAGUGUAGCGAUGGGGUGUGCGCCAGCUGCGCUGCUGCCUUUUUCACUAGGCGCUGGGCCUGCAGGGUGAGGUGAGGGGCACUCGGGGUGCACGGCGGUAACCUUGCUUACCCUGAGCGCUGGCAGCGCGCUCUGCAGCUGGGGCGGCUCUUCCCUGCGUGGGAGGGAGCACCGGCCCUGACUUGCUCUCCUCUGUAACUCGUCUGUGUAUAAUGCUUUCACAGAACUCCGUGGAGUUCCGGGUAUCUUGGGCGUUGAUUCCUAAUAAAGUCUCGGCUUGUGAGCGGCA